CGAAUUAUUCAAAACAAACUAAAAUUAAAUUAAUGCAGUUGCGAAUUUUAGCAAGUGGACUGGUGUAUUUCGCGGUGAUUAAAGUGAUAUUACUUUGUUGAUUAAUGUUAAAUAAGUAAAGAGAAGGCAGAAUGACCACCGACAAAGGUUUCGAACUGGUGCGGGAGUUGACGCGGUCCACCGAAACGAUUCCUCCGUUUAAUGAUGAUGGCGUUCGUUCCGUUUUGGAGAUCAUAACAGAAACUUACGAUAGCAACUACACACUUGCGACCACCUACAACCAGUCGGGCGAGCGCAGGUUCUAUCCGCUGAUUCUGUACCGGCACAAGCUGAUCGGUCGCCAGAAGCGCUGCCUGAUGGCCUAUCUGUACAACCGGCUGCAAAAGCUGAAGAAGGUCCGGUGGCAUCUGGGGGCGACCCUGCCCCAGGACAUCAAGGCCAACCUCACGGAACCGGAGCUGCAGUGGUUCAACAACUACUCCAAGAUUCUCGCCAGCUACAUGAUGACGAUCGGGGACGGCCACGGGCUGAAUCUGACCAACGACAUCAAACCGCCAAAGUCCCUGUUUAUCGAGGUUCGCUGUUUGACCGAUUACGGGAAAUUCGAGCUGGAAAGUGGCGAGAUCGUGCUGCUGAAAAAGAACAGUCAGCAUUACUUGCCAAAGCUGCAGUGCGAGUCGCUCAUUCGGCAGGGAAUUCUGCAGCACAUCGUUUGAUAAGGAGGUAAAUUAAAGGAUAAAUAUAAUUUUAUUGGUAAAAAAA